UCUUUAAAAAUCAAUUAUACCAUGUUACCUGUUCCUGGACUUCAGUGAGAUUCGCUUUUAUGUUUUCUUGUUUGCUUUUCAAAGAUUACAUCAUAAAGUUCACGGUUUCUUUUGAUAUUAGUCAAGGAGCUCGACCUCUGUUGGAGGACGUACGAUAGUUGGUAGCAUAUUUUAUGAGGAAAAAAGAAGUACUUUAACCAACUAGCCAGCAGAGGCUUGGAAGUAAGUGGACUGUGCCACUAUGGAAAACGUUGGAAGUUUUGUAUUUGAUGAUACGGGCAGAAAUGCAAGGAAAAAGAGGAGCAUUCGGCCUCGCCGAAGAGUAGAUGAUUCUCAAUCUUGUUUGGAUUACCGGGAUAAUUCUUCCCUGUCAUCAACGCCUGUAUCAGACAGUAUGAGCAAACCAUCAAGUGAGGAAAAUCUCAGUCAUGCUGCUGCUACGGGGGGAAAAGAAAGUACAAACCAAAGCGUUUCCAGAGCAUCGUAUGAUAAUCUUGGUGACGCCGAAACUGUCUCUAAAAUGAGUAAUGAAGUUGGACGAUUGGGAGAAUCAAAUGAUGCAGGCAUCAGUAAACUUAAGAAAGUGAAGCUUAAGGUUGGUGGUGUUACUCAUACACUACAUACUAAAACCGUUUCUGAGGCUUCAUCAUUUGCUGGGUCUUCAUCAACCAAGUCUUCUCUCUCUUCUGAUGGCCCACCUGUGCACCCUAAGCUGAUUGCGCAGGAUAAUGAAAACACAGGUCGCUGCACUUCUAAGGACAAAGGAAGUGGAUUGCAGGGCAUUCCAUGGAAGGAUUUUUCUAAGAGUGGUUUUACUGUUAAGAAACAUGUUAUUUCACUGGGAAAGAUGCCUGGACAAAGUGUCUCUACUAGGCAAUCUGGUGCUCUUGAGUCCUCUCGUAAGAGCAAACGAGUUCCUAAGAAACGUUCAUUAGGUGAAGUUUUUGAUGAUGGAGAAGAUAAUAGUGAUGACGAGAUUCGGUACCUUGAAAAGGUCAGACGUCUGAGACUUAGUUCAAGUCACGGCACAGAGUUUGAAGAUGUAGAUGAAGUAGGGAGCAAGAAGCAACAGAAUGCAUCUAGGUUAUCUUAUGGUGAUAUCUACAGUAAUGAUGUAGAUUUGAGAUAUCAUAACAGCUCUUCAUUAGGCAAGGAGCGUAGGAAGUCCAGAUCAGUUAAAGCAUCUGAAGAUGCAGACUAUUUUGAAGAUGAAGACUCAUUCUCUGAUGAUGAGCCUGAACCAAAGAGAAAGCACAGCAACGAGUUAAUUGAUGAGUCAGGGGAUUUUAAGAGGGAAAUGGCUAUCACUACCCGCCAACGAGCACUCAAAAGUGCAAGAUCCACUUCUUCCCCUUCUGGUGCAAGUUUGAUUGAGUUCCCAAAUGGAUUACCUCCUGCCCCACCUAAAAAGCAAAAGGAAAAACUGUCGGAGGUGGAGCAACAACUGAAGAAAGCUGAGGCUGCUCAAAGACGUAGGAUGCAAGUGGAGAAGGCUGCUCGGGAGGCUGAGGCUGAGGCGAUCAGAAAAAUCCUAGGCCAAGAUUCCAGUAGGAAGAAGCAAGAGGAUAAAAUGAAGAAGCGACAAGAUGAGCUGGCUCAGGAGAGGGCUGCAAACAACGUUCUUGCAUCAAAUGCAGUUAGAUGGGUGAUUGGCCCGUCCGGGACUACUGUGACGUUCCCUGAUGAGAUAGGCCUCCCAAGAAUUCUUGAAUCCAAGCCUUGUAGCCUUUGUUCUUUGCCGUCAGUUAUCCUCCUCCACGUGAAAACUGUGCUGGCCCUUCUUGUACAAAUGCAUACAAGUACCGAGACUCAAAGUCAAAGUUGCCACUGUGCAGCCUCGGUUGCUACAAGGCAAUACAUGAGAAGAUGCAGACUGCGGCUGCUUGUUUGAUUUGACCACCUCUGGUUGUUGUCUUCUGCUGGAAUUUAGGAAUACAGUGUUUGCAUAGUUCUGUUAGGUUUACCCAGUUUAAGUGGAUGGGAUGUAUAUAAUCCAAUUUGAUGCUGGCAUCUGUAGACUGGAAAGAUGCGAUGCUGAAAUUUCGCUUAAUUACUUUAUUUGGUAUAGCUUUGAUAGGUUCCUUAUUAAUGUUCUCUUUAGAGAUUGUUUUUGCACUCUACAACCGCCUGGCUGCAUGGAUCAAUGUAAGUCAUUUUGGUACGGUGUCCAUUUGGAGUGCAGCUUUUGGGAGUUUCUUGAAGCAAUUUGAUCCCCCCUCAUAGAAGGACCAAGAUGCAGAUCUUCAAGGCUGGAGUUGUAAUAUGCAAGAAAGCCUACAUAUGCCUUGGUGUUGGUUUACUGAAAUUGUCAUGCCCCACCAGAAUGCGGGUUGACAUUUGUCUAGAAUUAUCAUCAAGUUGUCUUGUAAAUCUUGUAAUGCUAUUAGGUUUGUGGUACCAGAAUCACAAAGUUGGUUAAAAGCUGCAGAAAUUUGCUUGUUAUGUUUUUGCGUACAAGUGACUUAUUCUCCCUUUUUGUGCUGAAAUCUGUUGGUCUGCUGCGUUAGUAACGAUGUAGAGAUGAUUUUCAAUUUUUCAUGCUGUCUUGGCUAUAGAUUAAAUGUUGAAAUCUGA